AUGGUUACCAUUACCCUCGAUCCUGAUUACGGCUACGUCAUCCUCGCCGCAACCAGCACCUUCAUCCUCAACCUCGUGCACGGCAUCAACACAGGCACGUACCGCAAAGCCGCCAAAAUCGACUAUCCGGCCGCCUACGCCCCCUCAUCCCGUACCGACGCCGACGCGCACCGUUUCAACUGCGCGCAACGCUCGCAUGCGAAUUUUACCGAGAAUCACUCGGUAGCCGUUACGGCAAUGCUGGUUUCGGGGCUGCAGUUUCCGCGCACGGCGGCGGUGUUGGGUGGUUUUUGGUCGCUUAGUAGGUGGGCUUAUAUGAGGGGGUAUAGUAGGGGGGGUGCGGGGGGGAAGGGUAGGUAUGAGGGGAUUGCGUUUUGGGGGUUUCAGUUGGGAUUGAUGGGGAUGUGUGGGUGGAUGGGGGGUGAAGAUGGUGUUGGGGGGGUUUGUGAUAAGAGGGAUGUAAGGGAAGUGAGGGAUGAGAUGGGAUGGGAUUUGGGGGGUGAUUGGGGGGUGAUUUUGUAG